AUGCAUCGGAGUACCCGAAUAAGAAUGCCGUUUCCAUCUCCACCAGUGUACGAUACUUAUCUUGCAUCAUCACACGAACAAGAAACUGUUGAAAUAGAUAGUGAUAAUAACUAUAUCAAAUAUUUUCAAACAAAUUCCAAAACUCGUUCAUGUUUAAAAAAAACUGCUAAAUUUUUAUUUUCUCAUCUUGGUUUAGUUGGUCUAGUCGUCGUUUAUUCUGUUGCUGGUGGAUUUCUAUUUGAAUUAUUAGAACAACAUGAAGAAAUGAAAAACUGUCAGCAAGCUCAAGGCGAUCAACAAACAUCUAUAAAUCAAUUAAAACAAACUCUUGUUUCCUAUAUACAAUUCAAUACAACAUCAAGUGGAGCUGACUCAACGAAAGAUAAUAUGACAACAGCCUAUCAAAAAAUUGGCUCAAUGUUAAUUGAUUUUCGAACGAAUGUACUGAAUAUAACAUCAACGUUUAAAUAUGAGGGUCAGGAUUGUAGCGAAGUGAAUAAAUGGACAUUUCCUGGUGCACUACUGUUUUCUAUAACAGUAAUAACUACAAUUGGAUUCGGAAAUAUAACGCCGGUAACAUGGGAAGGCCAAAUUUGCUGUCUUUGUUAUGCAACAAUAGGAAUUCCAAUAUUUUUAUUAUGUGUAGCUAAUAUAAGCGGUGUACUUGGUGAAAUGUUUCGUUUCCUCUAUAGUAAAAUAAUUUGCCGGCCAUGCUAUACAAUCAAACGUAAACGUCAUCGCAUAAAAAUGAAAAAGCAGCAAGAAUUACAUAUGGCAGCUGGUUGGACAAUGGACGAUGAUUAUGAUAUGGAUACGCGUGGCAAUGGUAAUAAAAUUCAACACCAAUAUGAUGAUACUGAUGAUGAUACAAUUAGUGGUAAAGAUCGUGUAACAGUACCAUUAACUAUUACAAUGUUCAUUAUUGCCGGUUAUAUAUGGGCGGGAUCUGUGUUGUUUCAUGAGUUCGAAGAAUGGACAAUGAUUCAAUCUGGCUAUUUUUGUUUCAUAACACUCGCAACAAUUGGUUUUGGUGAUUUUGUACCUGGACAGCGUAAAGAUGAUCCAAAUUCUGGUGCAAAAUUGAUGCUUGGUGCAAUUUAUGUACUCUUUGGUAUGGCCAUAUUGGCAAUGUGUUUUGAUUUAAUGCAAGAGGAAAUUGUGGCUAAAUUUCGUUGGAUUGGGGAAAAAAUCGGCAUUAUAGAAGAUGAUGAUGGUCCCGAUAAGCGAUUACGACAACAAGUUGCUAUGCAAGAUGAAAAAAAUGAGACAACACACGAUAUAUAUGAUGACAAUAAUGGUACAACACAGCAGAAUAAAAUUUCGAACACUCUACGAACACCAUCACCACGAAUUAAUCAAGUUUAUCCGGCACCACAAAAUUAUACUGAAUCAGAUACAUUACACUUACGUUUAAUAAAACAUGAUAAUCUCAUUCUGUAA